GCCACACCUCCGUGGCAAUCGUCAGCGAGGAUAAAACAUCCACAGAUGGUGCUGAGUAGAGUGAGCAGCAGGCUCACUACGAGAUCAAGUGUGGGAGUGUGUCUGUGUCUGAGAGAGACAGCGAGGGAGAGACGCACUGGAAAAACCGCUGUUGUAGUGUGAGUAGUCUGUAGUAACACAGAAGAAGAGUAGGUGAGUGUUUGUCAGAGGAGUUGGAGGAAAAGUCUGAAAAGGAGUGAGUGCUGCAGAAAGGAGAGACUGAAAGAAGCCCCCUCAGGAGCUACACCGGUUGGUAAGCAAAUAUUAGUGCUCUGACAAAAGAGCACGCAACAUCCCUGUGGUGAUCAAACAGCCGUACUCUGGAGCCGCUCGGCAGAGGAGCCUGGAUAGAUACACAUGCGAGACGAGCACCCCUCACUGUUCUCCAGUCACUCAUGAUCAUCACUCCCACCACACUUGGACACCAGGGCCACACUGACACAGCCAGAGGAGUGCACGAGAGAGGAGGACACUCGCCCUGUUUUGGAUCUUGGUCAAAGUAAAAGUUGGCACUGGAUUUUUUUUUUUUUUUACCCUGAAGUCAGAGUCCUCUUUUUGUGCUGACCUUUUCAAGCCCCCUUACCUGAGGAGCAAAGAUGAGCUGCAGGAAGAGGUGCAAGUGGGAGAUCUUCAAGUUUGCACAGUACCUGUACAGACUCGUCACAGGCACGCUCAACAAUGACAGCGUUGAAGAUGAGCUUGAACUGUCUGCAGUCCGCCAUCGCCCCGAGGGCCUGGAGCAGCUUGAAGCCCAGACUCGUUUUUCCCGCAAGGAGCUACAGAUCCUUUACCGCGGCUUCAAGACUGAAUGUCCCAGUGGAAUCGUCAACGAAGACACUUUCAAAGACAUCUACUCACAGUUCUUCCCACAAGGAGAUGCUUCAACAUAUGCGCAUUUCCUGUUCAAUGCAUUCGACACAGAUCACAAUGGCUCUGUGAGUUUUGAGGAUUUUGUUAUGGGCCUUUCUAUCCUUCUGCGAGGCACAGUGCAGGAAAAACUCAACUGGGCGUUCAACCUUUAUGAUAUCAAUAAAGACGGAUAUAUCACUAAAGAGGAAAUGCUAGACAUCAUGAAGGCCAUCUAUGACAUGAUGGGGAAAUGCACAUACCCCGUCCUCAAAGAGGAGACGCCUCGUCAGCACGUAGAAGUAUUCUUUCAGAAGAUGGAUAAGAACAAAGACGGAGUGGUAACCAUAGACGAGUUCAUCGACUGCUGCCAAAAUGACGAAAACAUCAUGCGAUCAAUGCACCUCUUUGAAAACGUUCUUUAACUGUUGGUUGGCUGCAGAGGCUUCGGAAGAGAUCAUCAUCUUUAGCACGGUCCACUAACUGACUUGGACUCAUACUGUGUACAGUGUGCUAUGCAGACUUUUGACCAUAGAUAAAAUAUUGUUCAUUACUCUGGGCCACAAGUAAGAGUGGGCAGUGUGGUGUGAACACUCUGGAAUUAGCUGCCUUUUAAACUUGUUCUUGAACAAGUCGGAGAAAAAUGAAACCAACAUUUGAAAAAAAAAAAGGAGAGAAAAGUGUGUAGUUUUUUGCAGCUAUGGUUGAAUUGUGAAGGCUGACUUCCACCAUCUGGAGUGUCUUUGUAUUUACCGAGCACCAAGUUCUGCAAACUGUGUUAGUCUCUGAAAUUAUGAACACAGUGGGGGGAAAGAGAUUUCUUUUGAAAGGGUUCAGACAGGAUUCUUCUGUCUCUGUCGCAGUCUCGGCUUGUUUUAUUUACUGCCAAGUGAAACCACUGUGACUUUUUACAGCACCAGAAAAUAAAUAAAUAAAUAAAAAGUGGUGCAAAAUGUUUGACCUAACUUCACAUUCGUGUCUGUUUUUACAUUCCACACUGGCUCUCGAUUCCAGAGUGUUCCUGCCCCGCUGUAGUUAACCAUUGUGUUGUUCCUUUUGCCCUCUGAAGGAAGCAUUUAGAAAAAAAAAAGAACAUACAGUACAUUGUACCAUUUUAAAGUGUAUAUACUACAGAUAAAAUGAUAGAUAAGAACCUUAUGGGAAACUUUGUUCAUGUUUACUUGCCAACUAGAACCAGACAACACAAGGAUUGUAUUGAUGUCAGAAUCAGACCAUAGCACCAAUGGUUUGUCUACAGAAGCACACAGGUAGCUCUAUUUACUAGGAGUUUAGUGUUAGACGAUAACUUUUGUCAUAAAAGAAAUGCUGCUUUCAGUGUAUUUCAUUUAACCCUAUGUAUGUAUAAUUCCCUGUAAAUGUUUUUAUUUAGAUUUUAAAGCACUGUUUAGGAGUUUACACUAAGAGCAGUGUUUGAGAUGAUUUAUAUGGUAUUAUGGUCACUUUACAAAAGAUUGUCAGGUGUACAGUAUUAAAAUGAAAAUUCGCUCUUGGGUGAAUUUCUUUCAAAUUCUU